AUGCGCCAAUUCUGGGACAAGAUGCAAAACUCAACCCCAUCCAACGCACCACCCGUGCAAAAUCACAAAGAAUCGGGCUUGAUGCACGAUUUUUGUAAAGUGGUUGGGGUACAGAAUGCUUCAUUCUUGGCUGAUGCCUCAAACACACUUAGGGAUUGCUAUGCAGAUAGCAGCGGGCCCAUGGCUCCCACAACGCCUGGUACAUCGGAUGUGCAUCGAGCAGCAAACCCCGGCGAUUUAUCAGGGGCCUACAGGAAACCAGAAGACAACCACGUACGCAGGCGUGGGCGACCUAAGAGGACGACAAAACUCCUAGGAAAAGGAAGCGUGCAGUUCAAGCCUGUUCAUCCUGCCGCCAAAGGAAAAUUAAGGCAAUGCAUGCAAGAGGAAGCCUACCGAACGAAUGGGAUACCAUGCAUUCGUGGCAAACCAGGCAAGCGUACAGUCCCGGCGUGUUCAUACUGCCGGCACAGGAAGAUCAAGUGCAGUCAAGAGGAAACCUGCCAGGCCUGUCAAACGAGAGGAAUACCAUGCAUUCGUGGCGAACCACGGAUUGUUCCCCGUAUAUUAGCAGCGGGAAAGAAUACAGAAGAUCCAUCUUGUCACAGACAUCAAAUUAUGCGGGGUACAGAGCAUGACCAAAGCAAGGAACCAGCUAUGGUACCAGCUGCCUCAUCACCACCCCGAAUGCAUGUUGGCAUAGGAAAAGCAGAUGAAACUGUCCUGUCUCCGGCGGAUGACACUCGAGUAGUAUAUCUUAACUCGCUGUUACCACUUGCUCAUCCCCAACCAAAACAGCAAAGCCAUGGCUCACUUGAGAGAUUAGAAGCGGCAGCAACACUUGGAGCCAUGUCAAUGGAUAUACCUGACUACACCCCCGAAAGUGCCUCGCUUCAAACAAUAUCACAUGAAUGGGAAUCGUCACAAAUGAUAUGGCCGAACAACAUCUCCGUGGACACUCCAGGCCUGGAUCAACUGCCCCCUCCAGGGUGGAAUGAGGGAUGGCCGGGGACAAUGAACAAUCAAGAGGAUCGAGGGGACGCAGACUUGAUUGAUAUAAGCACGGAAAACCAGGAUUGGUUAUCCUGCAAUUUGGCCGGUAACGGCGCACACUGGGAUGCGUGGGAUGGAAUGGCGGACCACGAGGGGAUGAACGCAUUACCCGUUUGGCCCAGCACCGAUAUUCCGCAGUAUGCCCUAGAAGACAUGGGAACUUCAAAUUCAUGGCCUCAUUACACCCUACCAGGGGACCAGGUCUUCUCGGUGGGGACAAACAUGGAUGACUUGCUCAUGGAUCCAGUGCGAUGGCCUGCAACAGAAUAUGUUGACCGGUGGCAAAGUGCUGAAGCAAAUCCGGGCCAUUGGGAAGCCGGUGGUACUGGAAGCCAGUAG